GCGUAGACGGAAGUACGUCAUCAGACGUGACCUUGGUUCUCUUCUUCACUGGUUUUGUGACAGACGAGGAGAGGACGAGCAUGGCGAAUAAGGAUCCCGGUGGUUUUCUGCAGCAGCUGCGGCAGAUCGCAGGCAGGAUGUCAUCGGGUCCUCGGGGAGCAGGACUGGGGCUCAAACUGCUGAUCGGUGCUGGAGCUCUGGCUUAUGGAGUGAAGGAAGCAACAUACACAGUUGAAGGAGGACAGAGAGCGAUCGUCUUCAACAGGAUCGGAGGGAUCCAGAUGGACACGGUCCUCGCUGAGGGACUGCACUUCAGGGUUCCCUGGUUCCAGUACCCCAUCAUCUACGACAUCAGGGCCAGACCCAGAAAGAUCUCGUCUCUCACUGGAAGCAAAGACCUGCAGAUGGUGAGCAUCUCUCUGCGAGUACUGUCGCGGCCGCUGGCGUCCAACCUGCCCGCCCUCUACCAGCAGCUGGGACAAGACUACGACGAGCGCGUGCUGCCGUCCAUCGUCAACGAGGUGCUGAAGAGCGUCGUGGCCAAGUUCAACGCCUCGCAGCUCAUCACGCAGAGAGCUCAGGUGUCACUGCUGAUCCGCAGAGAGCUGUUCGAGCGCGCCAAAGACUUCAACAUCAUCCUGGACGACGUGGCCAUCACCGAGCUGAGCUUCAGCCGAGAGUACACGGCCGCUGUCGAGGCCAAGCAAGUCGCCCAGCAGGAGGCGCAGCGAGCACAGUUUUACGUAGAAAAGGCCAAACAGGACCAGAGACAGAAGAUCAUCCAGGCUGAAGGAGAAGCUCAGGCUGCAAAGAUGCUGGGCGAGGCCGUGACGAAGAACCCCGGUUACCUGAAACUCAGAAAGAUUCGGGCGGCGCAGAACAUUGCCAAGACGGUGUCGCAGUCCCAGAACAAGGUGUACCUGAGCGCCGACAGCCUGGUGCUGAACCUGCAGGAGAAAGACGGCUUCGAUUUGUUGCUGGGGAAGUGAGAAGACUUCAUCAUUCCAUCUGGUCGCUCCGACACAAAGGAAACGUCAUCGUCAGGUUUCUGUGUGACUCCGCCCCGUUUACACGUCACAAAACCUGAGGAUUCACCGUGAACGGUCCUCUGGUGUCGCUCAAAGUCUCCAUCCUUCAUGCUUCUAAUCUUUCUUUUCUUUUUUUUUAUAUAUAUAUCUAUAUAAUUAUACAGUAACAUCAUCUGUAGACGCCUUUUUGCUUUUGCAGAAUCAGAAAAAAAACUGAUUUAUUUGUGAAUAAAAAGCAGUUUUCCUUGAGUCAUGAUAAAUAA